AUGCGAAUACGAAGAACCAGCGGUCUGCUGUGCGUCAUUCUUGGUCUGGUGCAGACGACGACACAAGCGACCGUCCCGGGCUUGCAGUGUCCCGCCCGUACCGGCAACGAGAUCCAGUGGCCAUCGUGUCCCGAGACGCGAUGGGGGAGUCUUGAUAGGAAUUACGGUGAUGAGGGGGACAUCAGUAAUGAGAAGGCGCAGGCUGUGAUCAGCAGCUCAUCUGCGACCGCGUCGCGACGGGACGAGAGCGAGAUUCUUCCCGACGGGGAACUCGACACCGACUCGCCGUUGGAUAACGCCAAGUUUCUUUCCUUCGAGGACUGGAAAAAACAGAAUCUCGCCAAGGCAGGACAGUCGGCUGAGAAUGUCCGGGGUCAUGGCCGGGCAGUAGGUCAGGAGCGUCGUCGGCCGCCCGCGGGGAUCAAUAAUGCGUUGGACUCGCUGGGCGACGACACCGAGAUCGAGAUCGAUUUCGUCGGGUUCGGAGGAGGCGAGGGCCCGGAUCCGGCGAACCCUUCGGCGUGGGGGGCGCAGGUUUUUGGCGCUCAAAGUUCGGAUGCGCCAGAGUCGCUGCAGCAUGGGGUGCCGCGGGCGGGGGCAUCGCGGAGGAAAGAUGCCGGGACGACGUGUAAAGAACGGUUCAACUAUGCCUCGUUUGACUGUGCGGCGACGGUUCUCAAGACGAACCCGGAGUGUAAAGGGUCGUCGUCUGUCUUGAUUGAGAAUAAGGACAGCUAUAUGCUGAACGAGUGUCGGGCGGAGAAUAAAUUCCUCAUCCUCGAGCUGUGUGAUGAUAUUCUGGUCGACACAGUCGUGCUGGCGAACUACGAGUUCUUCAGUUCCAUCUUCCACACCUUCCGCGUCAGCGUCGCGGACCGAUACCCGGCCAAGCUGGACCAGUGGAAGGAGCUGGGUGUAUACGACGCGCGGAACACGCGCGAGGUCCAGGCGUUUGCCGUCGAAAACCCGCUGAUCUGGGCCCGGUACCUGAAGAUCGAGUUUCUCACCCACUAUGGCAGCGAGUUCUACUGUCCCAUCAGUCUGAUCCGCGUGCACGGAACCACCAUGAUGGAGGAGUUCAAGAAUGACGGUGACGCCAGCAGGGCCGAGGACGACCUCGGCGAGGAAACGCUGGUGCCUCAUCCAAUCGCCGUUGACAGCAAGGGAGACCCGGUGGACAGGCAGGACCAGAACCAGGAAUCUGAACGCAUAAAUACGUCCCUUCGAUCGGACGAGGCCUGUCCUCUGGACCCGACCGAGGUGGAGAGAGCACUGAUUGAAAGAUUGCCAGAAGCUACGAAUGAGACAUGCAGCAUUGAAGAACGACCCAAGUCUGGUCCUGCUGGACAGGCCAGUGGCAGCGUCGGUAAUGAGGCGGAGUCGUCGACUAGACCCGGCGCGGCUUCUGCUGCGGUUGGUGACCAGUCAACACAAAGGCAAGGCGCCACAGAACAUCCGAACGCAGUGAGACCCUCGUCUACGGGAUCGGCAGAUACCGUGACGACCAAACAGAAUAGCAUUGUUUCGGAUUCAGAUAGCCGGUCGACCCCGGUGUCGAAGGAAGAGCAGCAGCAGCAGCAGCAGUAUGCAUCUACCAACACGCAGCCACCUUCUGCCAACCCGACGACGCAGGAGUCGUUCUUCAAGUUGGUGAACAAGCGGCUGCAGACGCUGGAAUCAAACUCAACGCUAUCGCUGCAGUAUAUCGAAGAGCAGUCCCGGAUCCUGCGUGAUGCAUUCAGCAAGGUGGAGAAACGGCAGCUGGCCAAGACGUCGACUUUUCUCGAAAACCUCAACGUCACGGUCCUGAACGAGCUGAAACAGUUCCGCGAGCAGUACGAUCAGGUCUGGAAGUCUGUCGCCGUCGAGCUCGAGCACCAGCGCUUCCAGUACCACCAGGAGAUCCACUCGCUCAGCGCACAGCUCGGCGUACUGGCAGACGAGUUAGUCUUCCAGAAGCGUGUCGCUGUCAUCCAGAGCAUCAUGGUACUGUUCUGUUUUGGCUUGGUGCUCUUCAACCGUGGCGCGGGGAGCAGCUCCAUCGAAUUCCCUAUUGUGCAGAACAUGGUCUCGCGGUCGUAUAGCCUGCGGUCGUCGUCGCCCUUCUUCGGCUCUCCGUCGGCUAAGGAUACCCGUGGCCAUCGCCGCCACCGCCGAGUUCUAUCAGAAGACUCGGCUGACGGCCGCCUCAGUCCGAUGAUUGCAUACUCGCCUCCCACCCCAAGCUCUGGCGGCCAGUCGAGUGCGUCAGGUCUCACCUCGUCGCCGGAGGUGCUGCACAUCCCAUCGCUGGACACGCCGUUGUAUCGGCCACAGAGCAGUCCUCCUGUGCUACCGGGUUGCGACGUGGUGGACGUUCAAGGGCCGCCAUCGCCACGCUCGAUGGAUAGUUCGGCCGACAAGGCAAUCUCCUCGAUGGACUACCACCGCAAGGUUCUCCAAGGCAAACUUGACGGAGCGAGUGCCCAGGCAGCCUACGUUUCCCCCUCGGACGACAUCAUGAGUCCCUGUACGAAGAAGCUGAGUGAUCUCAAGGGCAAGCGAUUUAAAAAGUAUUUCUUUCCUCUCUCUCCUUAUAUCUUGAUUAAUAUCAAAACCAUGCUAACAAACCAGUGCUGGAAAACCGCAGUACAAGAGUUUGUCGAGACGGACUGUAUCCCCGCCGACACCGUGUUUGAGGCCCAGCUCGGCGAGGGCGACAAGCGAUGGACCACCACCCCUGCCGUGCUGGAGGAACUCAAGGCCAAAGCCCGUCGGUUGGGGCUGUGGAAUCUGUUUCUGCCGCGGAACCACUUUACGCAGGGUGCCGGGUUCAGCAAUCUCGAGUAUGGGUUGAUGGCGGAAUAUCUGGGCAAAAGCAAGGUGGCUCAAGAGGCUACGAACUGUUCUGCCCCUGAUACGGGAAACAUGGAAGUCCUGGCGAAAUAUGGCACCGAGGCCCAGAAAAAGGAAUGGCUGACACCCUUGCUGGAGGGCCAGAUCCGCUCGGCCUUCCUGAUGACGGAGCCGGAGAUUGCCUCGAGCGAUGCGACCAACAUCCAGCUGGAUAUCCGACGGGAAGGGAACCAGUACGUGCUCAACGGGUCCAAGUGGUGGUCGUCGGGUGCCGGGGACCCGCGCUGUGCGAUCUACGUCGUCAUGGGCAAGACGGACGCCUCGCACAAAGACCCCUAUCGGCAGCAGUCGGUUGUGCUGGUGCCCGCCAACACCCCCGGUAUCACUGUACAUAGGAUGCUGUCCGUGUACGGGUAUGACGAUGCGCCACACGGCCACGCGCACAUCAGCUUCAAAGACGUGCGCGUGCCCGUCGCCAACAUGGUCCUCGGCGAAGGCCGCGGGUUUGAAAUCAUCCAGGGCCGCCUGGGGCCCGGCCGCAUCCACCACGCGAUGCGCGCCAUCGGAGCCGCCGAAAAGGCCGUCGACUGGCUCAUCGCCCGUGUCAACGACGAGCGCAAGACUACCUUCGGCCAGAAGCUGGCCUCCCACGGCGUCAUCCUCGAGUGGAUCGCCAAGUCGCGCAUCGAGAUCGACGCCGCCCGCCUGAUCGUGCUCAACGCCGCGGCCAAGAUCGACGCCGGCAACGCCAAAUCCGCCAUGAAGGAAAUCGCCCAGGCCAAAGUCCUCGUGCCCCAGACGGCCUUGGCGGUCAUCGAUCGCGCCGUCCAGGCCUACGGCGCCGCGGGCGUCUGCCAGGACACCCCGCUCGCCUACCUGUGGGCUCAGGUGCGUACCCUCCGCAUCGCAGACGGGCCCGACGAGGUCCAUCUCCAGCAGCUCGGCCGUAGAGAGAACAAGACCCGCAAGGAUGAGCUCAUGGCAAAGAUCCGCUGGCAGCGCGAGGAGGGUGACCGCUUGCUUGCUGCUGCUGGGCUCGCCGCGCGAAAAAGCCAUCUAUAA